AUAUGCUGCAAGAGUUUAUUUUGAAAGGCAUAAUAGGGAAAAUUAUUUGGGUUUAUCGUUAUUAUCAUUUACCGUUGUCACUCGGGAAGCUUUAGAAGCUUUUAUUUUUGUUGCGGGGUAA